UUUUGAAAAGUCCUGCCAGCUGCCACGGAAGCCCAUCACCUCUAGGUCAUCCCAAAUCUAUCCAAUGUCUACUCCCAUCGUUAAUAAAAAAUCAAAAUGAGGCUUCUAAAUUGCAGUACGAUGCAAAUGAAGGAGUUUUUUGAUAGUGAUAUUCCUCAAUAUGCAAUCCUCUCUCAUACCUGGGGUGAUAGUGAAGUUUCAUAUCAAGACUUCCAGAGCGGAUCUUAUCGAAGAGGUGCUCCAGGGUUCAAAAAGAUCAAAGGUUUUUGUGCCAAAGUGAAACAGGAUUGGUUUCCCUCAAUCGACUGGGUAUGGAUAGAUGCAUGCUGCAUUCCGUGGAUGGGAUCAUCAGAUAACCAGCAUCUUCGGGGGUAAACACUAUUCCCAAACAAAUCUGGGAAUAUAUAUAGAUCUAUUGAUCAUCAAGUUUGAAGCCCAUAAAAACGUGGCCCUUGCCUUUUUAGAUUGCGUUCGUACCGAAAAAGAUCCUGCCCGGGUUGUUGCUCUUCCAUUAGAGUUCCAAGAGCUAUCCACUGGUAUAAGUCUCGCUACGAGGGCAUACAGCAAUUCGCCAUUCCUCGCAUGCCCUAAACCGAACUGUUCGAGAAUACCCGCUUAUCUCCCUUUGAAGAGGUGCCGACCAUUACGCGAGCAUGCUUUUAACGCAACGAUAACACUGAAGCCCUACAUCGAUUUCGGCUAUUACCUUGCCGACUUCUUUCCUACUCCAUCUGCUGCGUAUUCCCCUACAUCGAACUCUGGACAUAGAGAUAUUCUUGUUAUAAAAGAUGAAACAAACUGCCAGAGGGUGUUUCGCUUUUGUCAUCAACUUUAUGUAACACUCCUCCUGUUUGUUGAACCUGUUCACUCUCGUUUGCGCUCUGAUAUAAAAGCGGAGUUACGAAUCGCCCCUACCACUACAGUUCUUACUUCAUGGCAGCUACUUCUUGGGCCCGAUCUUGAACGGUUCGAUUUUGAUAGGUUGUAUGAAUCUGUUCCAUGGACAUUAAAUGGCUACUUAAUGUCUAUCGAUAAUCGUAAUUACAGGGGGCGACUUGCUAUCAACAGGGAUGAUAUUCUACCUACCUGCUAUAACAAACAAUACACAUUAGGUUAGGUACGUAAAAUACAGGUCGUAUUUGAGGGCUCUGGAAGGAUAAUAGAUGAGUUAGUGAGGACAAAGAACAUGCUUAGUCUAUAUAUCGCAUCGUAAGUAAUUUAUAUUUUUAAUGUAAACGUAGCAGUGUCUUAGUUUUGCGGCUUGAGCUACGAAUAGUGUCAUUAGUUGAUUCUUAGCGCAAACGGACGCUAAGCAGCGUGACGGGGAGGCAAGUAAAAAGGCGGCAGGGCGAUAGCUUGGAUCUUCCCCGCGUUACGCUUAAUAGCGGGUCUCAUCUGGUCUAAAAAGCACCCGUUAGUCUACUAUACUAUUCUUAGGUACCUGCUAACUCCAAGUCUUCUACGUAAGGGUUAUAGUAUGCCUCGCUGGGUUGACAUAUUCUACAUUGUACAACCUGGAAAACCUAAGA